AUGCCGGGCCCUGUGGAUACAGCGAAGUCGAUUACGAAAAAGCGCAAGAGAAAGCACGGUGGAAGUGCUCGUGCAACAACUGAGACCGAUGAUGCGACUACUCAGCCGGCCACUGAAAAUGGAGCUGUGACCGAUUCUCCUGAGAAGAUGGAGGAUAUUAAGAAGGACAAGAAGAACGGAAAAGAUAAAUCCACUAAGAAGCGCAAGGUCAGCCACGCAUCUAGCGACGAAGAGAGUGAGAAGGAGGAACAAGAGGCUGCUCCUCCUCAAGCCGACGGAGACAGCGACGACGAGGAGGAUGGCGAGGACCAGUCGGAAGCUGAGAAUGGAAACACAGGGGAUGAGAAGAAUUCUGAGUCCACAGAUCUUCCUUCGGCGGACGCUCUUCGUCUCCCAACGGUAGAGGGCGAGCCUCAGAAGUUCACAGAGCUGGGUUUAUCGGAGAAGACAUUGAAGGCCAUCAAUGAUAUGGGUUUUGAGACUAUGACCGAGAUUCAAAGACGAACGAUUCCUCCCCUUCUCGCCGGUCGGGAUGUCCUGGGUGCCGCAAAGACCGGUUCAGGGAAAACAUUGUCCUUUCUAAUUCCUGCUGUUGAGAUGCUGAGCGCGUUACGGUUCAAGCCUAGAAACGGUACUGGUGUCAUCGUUGUCUCCCCAACACGUGAGCUUGCCCUUCAGAUCUUCGGUGUGGCUAGAGAAUUAUGUCAAUACCACUCUCAAACAUACGGUAUAGUCAUUGGAGGUGCGAAUCGGAGAGCUGAGGCGGAGAAGCUCAUGAAGGGUGUCAACCUCCUCAUUGCAACCCCCGGACGUCUGCUGGAUCAUCUGCAGAACACUCAAGGUUUCAUCUUCAAGAAUCUGAAAACACUCGUCAUUGAUGAGGCGGAUCGGAUUCUGGAAGUUGGUUUCGAAGAUGAAAUGCGCCAGAUCGUCAAGAUCCUGCCUUCCGAAGAGAGACAGACGAUGCUGUUCUCUGCCACCCAGACCACAAAGGUCGAGGACCUGGCGCGUAUCUCCCUUCGACCCGGUCCUCUCUAUAUCAACGUCGACCAUCGAAAGGAACACAGUACGGUCGAAGGCUUGGAACAAGGCUACGUCAUUUGUGAAGCGGAUAAGCGUUUCCUGCUUCUCUUCUCUUUCCUGAAGCGCAACCUCAAGAAGAAGAUUAUUGUCUUCUUCUCAAGUUGCAACUGCGUCAAGUACCACGCCGAACUUCUGAACUACAUUGAUCUGCCGGUGCUUGAGCUUCACGGCAAGCAGAAGCAGCAGAAGCGUACCAACACCUUCUUCGAAUUUUGCAACGCCAAGCAGGGUACCCUGAUUUGCACUGAUGUGGCUGCUAGAGGUUUGGAUAUCCCCGCUGUGGACUGGAUCAUUCAGUUUGACCCUCCGGAUGACCCGAGAGACUACAUUCACCGUGUCGGUCGUACCGCCCGUGGUGCCAAUGCCAAGGGUCGCAGUUUGAUGUUCCUGCAGCCGUCCGAAGUCGGAUUUUUGAAGCAUUUGAAGGAAGCACGCGUGCCCGUGGUCGAGUUCGAAUUCCCGGCGAACAAGAUCGUCAACGUUCAAUCUCAACUCGAGAAGCUCAUUGGCCAGAACUACUAUCUGAACAAGUCCGCCAAGGAAGGUUACCGCUCCUACCUCCAGGCAUAUGCCUCCCAUUCCCUUCGCUCUGUUUUCGAUAUAAACAAGCUCGAUCUCGUCAAGGUCGCCAAGGGCUUCGGAUUCUCCACCCCACCACGCAUUGACAUCCAGCUGGGAGCUAGUCUGAGCCGCGACAAAAAGCAGCAACAGCAGGGGCGGCGCAAUUACGGCAGCCAGCCGCACAGCAAAGGAUUGAAAUUCAAGCGGAAGCAUGAAGACUAA